AUGUCUUUAACACACUUUGUGAGUGCCGACGGCUCUCAUGUGCUCUUCUCGCCGCUGGCUAAUCAGUACUUGUUGGUGAAUUCUGAAGGUUCCACCGUGUCUUCGUCUUCCCCAGAUGUCGUUGCCAAGGGAACCGGAUCCACAGUUUCGGCAGUUUUGGGAACGAUUCGUUUUAGAAUCAACAAGUACCUUGUUUUGGUCGACAAGCAUGAGGUUACCGGUCUGAUCUUGGGUAAGAAAAUCGCCAAGGUUGUGUCCCAUAAGAUUUACCCAUUGGGCAACGAAACACUUUCCAAGAAGGAUGCCGAGGAGUCGAGCUACUUGGCCUUAUUGGAGCAACACUUGAACCUGGCCUCCUUGUUCUUCUCGCUUGACAAUGGCUACGACUUGACCAAUUCCUUGCAGAGACAGCUUUCUGAUGGCAUUUCCACUUGGGACUCCCGUUUCUUCUGGAACCAGUACUUGUCUGAAGAAUUGAUUGCUUCUGGUGCCACGUCUUUUGUCACUCCGGUCAUUUACGGUUAUUUCAAGUCCCAUUCGGCCGAAUUCAAGGGCCACCAGAAGUUGGACUUUGCUCUUUUGACUCGUCGUGCUUGGACACGUGCCGGUACGAGAUACUUCCGUCGUGGUAUUGAUGAGGACGGCAAUGUCGCCAACUUCAAUGAGACUGAACAGAUCUUCACCUCAUCAAAUAACCAGAUCUUUGCCUUCCUUCAGACUAGAGGUUCCGUUCCAGUGUACUGGUCUGAGAUCAACGACUUGAAGUAUAAGCCAAACUUGGCCAUCUCUUCGAGACCUUCGCAAGACGCAACUGCCAAGCACUUCGAGCAGCAAGUUAAACUCUACGGUGAUAACUACUUGGUUAACUUGGUGAACCAAAGCGGUUACGAAAAGCCAGUCAAGGAUGCCUAUGAAGAAGCUGUCCAGACCUUGCCAGGUUCGAUCGCUGCCAAUGUGAAGUACAUCUACUUUGACUUCCACCACGAAUGUAGCAAGAUGCGUUGGGAUAGAGUUAAGCUUUUACUCGAGCACUUGACUCAAUUGGGUUUUACCAAUGACAGCUUCUUCGCUUAUGACCUCGCUUCUAACACAGUUAAGAAUGUGCAGACCAAGGUCGUGAGAACCAACUGUAUGGACUGUUUGGACAGAACCAAUGUUGUCCAGUCAAUGUUGGGUCGUUGGGUCUUGCAAAGACAGCUUGAAUUGACUAGCUACUUGCCUACUCCUGCUCAACCUUGGGAGCUCAUUGAUCCUGACUUCAACUUAUUCUUCCAGAGCUUCUGGGCUGACAAUGCCGAUGCAGUUUCCAACGCCUACUCAGGUACUGGUGCUUUGAAGACUGACUACACUAGAACUGGUAAGAGAACUAAGCAGGGAGCUUUGCAAGAUUUGAACAAUUCUAUCACAAGAUACUACCUCAAUAACCUCAAGGAUGGUCACAGACAGGACGCCUACGAUUUGUUCUUGGGUAACUACAGACCUUUCCGCGACUCUCUUCAUAGUCCGUUCGUUGACAAGAGGUCCCCAUACAUCCAGUUGCUUCCAUACAUUAUUGGUGCCUCUUUCUUUGUGCUCCUUUCGCUUUUGAUCUACCCAACCGGCUCUCUUCUCAGUUGGAAAAACAUCCUUAUCGUCACUGGAUGCCUCUACUUGUUCUUGAAGAAUGCUUCCUACCUUGUUACCAACGGUUACCAGUUUGUCGACUGGCCUAAAUUGGUGCCAUUGGACUUCUUAAAGAGAACUGAAGAGUAUGGGGCCGACGGAAAGUUUGCUGGGGUCAAGUAUGAAGAGCACGAGAACUAUAAGACAUCAAAGAAGCAGAUUUAG